AUGGCGGACGAGUCGGCGGUAGCGCCGCUUCGCAUGGUUAACUUCGUAUCGGAAGAGCAGUUGAUUCAGUUGAAGAGGACAAGAGGCGAACGUGUCGAAGACGGAACCGCCUCCAGGGACAGGCCUUUGUACGAGAUUAUGGAGAGGUUUUUUAAACCUAAACGUUUUCGUGAGAGUUCUUCCAAUGAUCCUAAUAUUAGUGAAGUUGUGGAAAUUCAAUCUCAUGUGGAAUUAAAUGUAAAUGAUAUUGUUAGUGAUCCUGGAUUACGAAAAUCAAUUGAAGAGUUUGAUAUUUCUAUUCAAGAUCAAGUCCGAAGAGAGUACUUGACUAGGGGGCCCUGCCAACCAAUUGGGCAUAUGUAUCCAAAAAGAACUUUUGAUAGUUGUCACAAUCAUGCUAGAGUACAGUUUGAAUCUUUUCAAGAUCAAAGACAUAGUGUUUCAAAUAUAUUACGAGCACAUGGGCGAGAUAUAGAGGUUUCUUAUCGCACCCGUUUAACAGCAAUGUUGGAUGUUACACGAUUUCUUUUGAAGCAGGGACUGUCUUUCCGUGGACAUGAUGAGUCAAGUAAUUCUUUAAAUAGAGGAAACUUUCUUGAAUUGCUUCAAUGGUACAGUCAACGAAAUGAGGAAGUUUCAAAGGUUGUUAAUCAAAAUGCUCCCGGAAAUAAUCAAAUGAUUUCUCCAACAAUUCAAAAAGACCUUACGCAUGCUUGUGCUUCUGAGAUCACACUUUCCAUAAUCAAAGAUAUUGGAAACAAUGUUUUCUCCUUAAUGGUUGAUGAAUCUCGAGACAUUUCAGUGAAGGAGCAAAUGGGAGUUGUUUUGAGAUAUGUGAACAAAAGAGGACAGGUGAUUGAACGAUUCCUUGCAAUUGUACAUGUAUCUGACACUAGCUCUCGUUCUUUGAAGGAUGCUAUCGAUGCUUUAUUUGUGAAACAUGGAUUAUCAUUAUCUAGACUGAGAGGUCAAGGAUAUGAUGGAGCUUCAAAUAUGCGGGGUGAAUUCAAUGGGUUGAAAUAUCUCAUUUUGCAAGAAAAUCCAUAUGCAAGGUAUAUUCAUUGUUUUUCUCAUAAAUUACAAUUAGUUAUUGUUGCUGUUGCCAAGAGUAAUCUCAAUGCGAGUGGUUUUUUUAACUAUGUCACUAUGAUUGUCAAUACAACGGGAGCAUCAUGUAAAAGGAGAGAUCAACUUAGGCAAAUUGAACAUGAUAGGAUUGUUGCAAUGUUGGAGGGUGGAGACAUUAGUACGGGCAGUGGCAAAAAUCAAGAAAUUAAUUUAGUAAGGCCAGGAGACACUCGUUGGGGAUCACACUACUUGACAUUGGGUCGUCUAUUAUCUAUGUGGCCUUCAGUGAUACAAGUGUUGGAGAAUAUUUGUGAUGAUUCUAGUUCUUUUGAUAGUAGAGGAGUUGCCAAAAGUUUGAUUCAGAAAAUGGAGAAUUAUGAGUUUGUUUUCAUGUUGCACUUGAUGAAGAUGAUAUUGGGAAUGACACAUGAGUUGUCACUUGUGUUACAACAAAAGGAUCAAAAUAUUGUCCAAGCCAUAAGUUUGAUUGAAAGUGUGAAAGGUCAAUUUCAAAUAUUUAGGGAAGAAGGAUGGCAUAUAAUUAUAGAUAAAGUCAACACAUUUUGUGAGUUUAAUGAUAUCCCAGUGUCGGAGAUGAAAGACAAUUGUUUGAUUAGUGGUCGUAGUAGACGUCGAAAGCAAGUCAUCACCAAUUUGCAUUAUUAUCGUGUGGAGAUUUUCUAUCAGGUUGUUGAUUUAGUUAUACAAGAGAUGAAUACUCGUUUUUCAGAAGUUAGCACAGAAUUGCUUAGUUGUAUAGCAUGUCUUCAUCCAAGGAAUUCUUUUUCUGAAUUCAAUGUUCAGAAACUCGUUCGACUUUGUGAUUUAUAUCCUGAGGACUUCUCAACAAAUGAUUGUAUAGUUAUUGAACAACAACUUCAGAAUUUCAUUCAUAAUAUACGACAGGAUCCAAAUUUUUCUGGAAUUGAAGAUUUAGGAAGUUUUGCUCAGAAAAUUGUUGAAACUCUAAAAAAUCAAGCUUAUCCAUUGGUUUAUCGUCUGAUUGAGAUGACAUUAGUUUUACCAGUUGCGACUGCUUCUGUUGAAAGAGUAUUUUCUGCAAUGAAGAUGAUAAAGACUGAUUUACGUAACAGAAUGGGAGACGAGUGGAUGAAUGACAGUCUAGUCGUAUACAUCGAGAAAGAUAUCUUUUCAACAAUUGAAAAUGAGCAAAUAUUGCAGCGUUUUCAAAACAUGAAAAGCCGCAGGAUGCAGUUGCCUCCUCUUUCUUAUCCAACGACCACCUAA